AUGUCCAAGAACAGUCUCGACAACUUAGCCCCAGGCGUCAAGCCUGCUCUUUUCGACCCGAGGAAGAAAAAAGUUCCACAACAGCCGUCUUUGAGCCAUAUGCUCACCCAGAGACCAGCUUCUAACAAGGGUCCCGCAACUCAACCGCCCGUAGACACGGAGAUGGGAGAUUGCCUCGGUUCUGAGCCUGGUGUGGUCACCCCACAGCAAGGUAGUCAAGGAGUUGUACGAACCGAACCAGCGGAGAAGAAAGAAGCGGUAAUAUUCGGCGCGGGAAUGUACGGAACCGUAUCUGCGGAUGGGAACAAUAAAUUCCAUUCAUCGAAGAUAUUCGGAAUUUCAUUCAAUGGCGGCAAAAGAAUCGACGAAGACGCGCUGAAGUUUCAGCUCGUAGCUCUUGACGAGGAUUUCAAAGCCCACAAGAAGGAUAGCAAAGAAAGAUGUGACAUGCUUGAGGCUGAAAUCGUCGAUCUCAAAACAGAGGUUCGCGAAUUAGAGAAGCAGAAAAUGGAGAAGACAAAGGAGAUCAAUGAGCUUCUUGGUUAUACUAGCAAAGGAGCAAGUUUGACUGAUCCAGCUUCUCAGAACACCCCUGAGAGCAACUCCACGAUCGCACGUCUGACCACCGAAAAGAAAACAUUGAACACCUUCAAUCGUCGAAUGAUUCAAGAUAACGAGAAGCUAAAGAAGGAAAUCGAUGAUCUAAAGGAGAGAAUCAAUGAUCUCGAGAGCGAGGAUCAAGCCAAGGAGCAUAAAAUCCAAGCCCUUCAAGACGUGUUGGAUGCUGAGAAAAUGUGCCACAAAAGCGAUAUGGACACUUUACAAGGAGAAUACAACGAACUCACAGAGGCUUUCGAUGAACGUGAGAGUGAGUGUAAGAAGUUAGACGUCCAGGUAGACGAACUCAUCGAGGAGCGAGACCAGCUCAGCCAGGAACUUGAAGAUGUUAGAGCACAAGAUAUUUCUGAUGAAGCGAUUAAGUUUCUCACCAAGGAGCGAGACCAAUUACAAAAGGAACUUGAUGAUGCUAGAGCACAAGAUAUUUCUGAUGAAGCGAUUCAGUCACUCACCAGUGAGCGAGACCAACUUGAACAGCAACUGAACGAUACCAGACAACAGCUCAAUCAUUCUGAGCAAAAAGAACGGGAGAAACAGGCCGAACUUAACUCCAUCAUGGCGGAGAUCGAGAGAAUGAAGCCAGAAUUUCAUGAAACCACCCAAAAAGCUGCCACCGUUGAUGGUUUGAAUCAAAACAUUCAAUUACUCCAGGAAGAGCUUAACAGAGUCAAGAAUGACCUCACCAAUGCCAAUGCUGAACGCUCGCAAGCUAUCGAAGCCAAAGACCAGACCAUAACCGCCGCUAACCAAGCUCUCCUCGAAUUCAAUUCCUCCAAUUCUGCGAAGUUGAUUCAACAGCUUCGCACGUCAAUCGAAAAUCUUGAAUCCGAGAAGACCAUUUAUCAAAAUAAGAUCACCACGCUUGAGGCCGAUAUCACGAAGAUUCACAAAGACCACGAGGAAAAGCUGCUCUCUAUCCAACAAACCCAUCAAUACAUUAUCCAGAAGAAGAAUGCGGCGAUUGAAGGUCACCAGAAUAAGUUGUGCCUUGUACAAAAUCAACACCAGGAAAUGGUCAAGGAGAAGGAUGAGAUGGUUCAGCGACUUAAAGCUGAAGCUUCUACUAGUGAAGCUUCUCUCCGAAAAUUUGUUUUGGAAGCCAAAAAAUCUGCUAAUGCUGCUGAGUUGGAAGAGAAAAAACUGAGAGGUGAACUUGGUGUUGCCAAAAACUCGGUCCUUGAAGUCCAAUCUGCCACCAAACUAAUGCGAAACGAUUUGACCAAGCUUCAAACAGAGAUUGAAUCUGUGAAGACUAUCCUUGGGCAGACCGAUAAGAAGGCGAAGCUGGCAGAGAAACAGUUGGCGGAGACAGCAGAGCUACUUGUUAAAGAGCAAAAUGCUCAUAAAGAGUGGAAGAAAAAUCACUCUGCUGAUGUCAUUCGUCUUGCAGGAAUGAGUAAAAGUUCGAGGCUCAGGGCCCAUUUUGCGGAGUUUUCACCCUCAAACGUAACUGAUCAAGAAGGCCUUUUUGAGUUAGAAGAGGAAUCAGUAACUCCGGUUCGCACCCGUACCCUCGCCUGCGACGCACCAUCCAUAGCCUCUUUAUUUAAAUCAGACGAGUCUGAAAUUGCGCUCAUGAAGGCGACCAUCCGAUCUAGACUCGAAAGCGCUAAAGCCGAUACCAAAGCCGAAUUCACCGAAGAGAUCAAGACGGAGCUCCGAGAAGAGUUGGUCGAGAGCAUCAAGGUCGAGCUCCGAGAAGAGUUGGUUGGAAGUAUCAAGGCCGAACUCCGAGAAGAGUUAGUUGAAAGCGUUAAGGCAGAAAUCGAGGAAGCACUUUUAACAUCUUCCACAAUGCCCGGUCAGGAAAUUCAAACUAGCCAGCCAUCUGUCAUGGCUUUUGAAGGACAAGAAAACAGCCUCAAUCUGGCAGGUAUUGUCACGUCCGAUCCUGCAACUUCAACAUUUGUACACGAGACCGCUGAACGUAAUGCCUCAGCCAUGAAUGGCUCAUUGAUUGAUGGUCAGACUCCAAUCCCAGUAAUUGUUACUAAGGGAAAAUCACUUCCUAGGUCUAAGGCUUACUCUUGGUCAAUGGUUUUCUUCAUCCUUUUGUUAACCUCUCUUUGGACUGGCUGCUUGAGAAACUCUGGCAUGUCCCCUACCUCGGGGGUGGUUCGAUUAAUUGAUGCACCAAGACCGGCAAUUAUUCCAAUUGCCACAAUGAACGCACCUCUUCUUGCGACCCGCACGACCUUUCAGUUAGCGGUAAUCCCAGCAACAGCUUCAGCUUCUGUCCAAUUCCCUCAGGUCACAACAGGUGCUGUUCUUCCGAACUAUGCCGACUACUUGACCCCAAUUUUACACCGAAGCGGAAUAAUUUACCUGUACCGAAUCGUUGCCAAGGUCAAGUCAGUCGUUACUUGGGACGUUUUCAAGACUUCUGGUGAACGUGUUGCGAGAUUCUUUUCUCGCGAGGGUUAA